UCUUUUUAAUUUCAUAACGUCACAAUCGCCAAUUAUGAAGCUCUUCGUAGUGUGGACGACGGUCUUGGUGCUGGGAAAUCUGGGAGCCGGCAGCCAGUCACUUGCCGACGAAGGGGGCUCCAAGGGGCUCCCGCAGGACGGGGCGCCCUCCCUUACCCUGGAAAAGACUGAUGUGGACCCAUGCCGAAAACAAGACGAGGGGGGACACAAAGAGUUACCCAAAGUGUAUGAUCUAACGAGCAUGGAAAAUGGCACUCAUGACACCAUCAAGACCGUGGAAAGAAGAGUCAUUAACAAUACAGACGAAGCGGGGCAUUUAACAGGAAACAAGACAGUCGUUGAAAAGACGACAGAGACUGACGUACAGCCCAACCGAAAUGUAUCAAAGACUACGGAAGCACAAGUCGUUGUUGAUGAGAAAGGUAAAGAAAGUGGCGAAAAACAUGUCACAGAGAGCGAAACGGUGACGCAAAGCACUCCAGACAACGGAACCUUAACACAGACGGUGGACGUGAAAACUGUAACGGACGAAAAGGGCAAUGAAAUAAACGAGGAGGUUGUUAUAAAGAAGGAAGCAACAGUACUUACUAAUGACACUAAAGAAAAGCCGAAGGACGAUAAAGCUGCAACUCUUCUUCUUCCGAAGGAUGACCAAGGUAAAAACAAAACAGAAACUACAGAAAUAACAGAGGAAAGAAAGGAGACUCUGCCCGACAAUACAACGCAUGAAGUCUUAGUAAAAGAGAAAGAAGAAAUAUUGCCUUCACAGAACAGCACUAAAGUGACAUCUGUGGAGACGAAGAAUGUUACAGAGAAGGGUGAUGGACUUCAGAAGACAGAAAUAACAGAGGAAAGAAAAGAGAUUCUGCCCAGCAAUGUAAAGAAUGAAGAUGUAUUGAAAGAAGAAAUAUUGCCUUCACAGAACAGCACUAAAGUGACAUCUGUGGAGACGAUGAAUGUUACAGAGAAGGGUGAUGGACUUCAGAAGACAGAAAUAACAGAGGAAAGAAAAGAGAUUCUGCCCAGCAAUAUAACGAAUGAAGAUGGAUUGAAAGAAGAAAUAUUGCCUUCACAGAACAGCACUAAAGUGACAUCUGUGGAGACGAUGAAUGUUACAGAGAUGGGUGAUGGACUUCAGAAGACAGAAAUAACAGAGGAAAGAAAAGAGAUUCUGCCCAGCAAUACAACGCAUGAAGUUGGAGUAAAAGAAGAAAUAUUGCCUUCACAGAACAGCACUAAAGUGACAUCUGUGGAGACGAAGAAUAUUACAGAGAAGGGUGAUGGGCUUCUGAGGGCAGAACAAACAAAGGAAAGAAAGGAGACUCUGCCCGACAAUACAACGCAUGAAAUUGUAGUUAAAGAGAAAGAAGAAAAAUUACCUUCACAGGAUAGCACUAACGAGACAUCCGUGGAAAGUAAGAAUGUUACAUAUAAGGGCGAUGGAAAAGAUGUCGAGAAAGAAACUGUAAUUCAAAAAGAAGUCGAAAAGAAUGUGUGUAAUGGCGACAUCAAGGAGGUUCGUGACGAAAGACAUCUUAACGAAACAGCUGAAGACCUGAAGCACCAAGUUAGCGACGUGAAGAACAAGAUUGAGGAAGAAAAGGCAAAGGCUGAGGAAACAAGUCCUACGCCGACCCAAUGGAUAGAACAAAAACCAGUUGCCGCCCCUGCCAUCCAAGAAGGCAAGGUCGUUAGAAAGGUAGUCCCUGCUGUGAGGCCGGUGAAGGUCGUUAGAAAGGUAGUCCAUGUUGUGAGGCCAAUGAGGGUCGUUAGAAAGGUAGUCCCUGUUGUGAGGCCGGUGAAGGUCGUUAGAAAGGUAGUCCAUGUUGUGAGGCCAAUGAAGGUCGUUAGAAAGGUAGUCCCUGCUAUGAGGCCAAUGAGGGUCGUUAGAAAGGUAGUCCCUGUUAUGAGGCCAAUGAAGGUCGUUAGAAAGGUAGUCCCUGUUAUGAGGCCAAUGAAGGUCGUUAGAAAGGUAGUCCCUGCUGUGAGGCCAAUGAAGGUCGUCAGAAAGGUAGUCCCUGUUAUGAGGCCAAUGAAGGUCGUCAGAAAGGUAGUCCCUGCUGUGAGGCCAAUGAGGGUCGUUAGAAAGGUAGUCCCUGCUGUGAGGCCAAUGAGGGUCGUUAGAAAGGGUGUGCCCUCGGUGAGACAAGGAAAAGUCUUCGUUGCGCAUCGAGUUGUUGAAUACGUCACCCCUUCGGUGGUAACAAAAAGAUUCCCCGUUGUGACACAGAAGAAGGUUCUUGCAAAGGUUCCCCCUACGGUGACAGAAGGAAACAUUCCCGUUGUUACAGAAAAGAAAGUUACUGAGAAUCUUAUCCCCUCUGUGACAGAAGGAAAAGUCCCGGUUGUGACAACAGAGAAGGUUGCUGAGCAGGCUGCCCCUUCGGCAACAGAAGAGAUCGUCAGUGUCCCCAAGGAGCAAGAAAAUGUCCCUGUCGUAACAGAAGAAAAGGCUGAGAAUCUUAUCCCCUCUGUGACAGAAGGAAAAGUUCCGGUUGCGACAACAGAGAAGGUUGCUGAGCAGGCUGCCCCUUCGGCAACAGAAGAGAUCGUCAGUGUCCCCAAGGAGCAAGAAAAUGUCCCUGUCGUAACAGAAGAAAAGGCUGAGAAUCGUAUCCCCUCUGUGACAGAAGGAAAAGUACCGGUUGUGACAACAGAGAAGGUUGCUGAGCAGGCUGCCCCUUCGGCAACAGAAGAGAUCGUCAGUGUCCCCAAGGAGCAAGAAAAUGUCCCUGUCGUAACAGAAGAAAAGGCUGAGAAUCUUAUCCCCUCUGUGAUAGAAGGAAAAGUACCGGUAGUCCCUCAACAGGAGAGUGUUGACAAGGUUGCCCCUUCGGCGACAGAAGAAAAAGUUCCUGUUGUGGUAAAAGAGAAAGUCAUUGAACAGGCUGCCCCACAAGAAAGGGUUAUUGAAAAGGUUCCCCCUGCGGCGACAGAAGAAAAAGUUCCUGUCGUGGUCAAAGAGAAAGUUAGUGAACAGGCAGCCCCUUCGGGGACAGAAGAGAUUGUCACUGUUCCCAAAGAGCAAGAACAAGUCCCUGUUGUAACAGAGGAAAAGGUCGUUGAAGAGGUUGCCCCCUCCGUAACAGAGGAAAAAGCUCCCGUUGUGACAAAUCAGACGGUUGUCGAAAAGAUUACUCCUACCGCAACAGAGGAAGAAGUUGUCACUCAACGGAAGCUCGUUGAGAAGGUUGCCCCCUCUGUCGAGGAAAAUGUAGUUGACAUUCCAAAGAGGGAGGAAGUGUAGUUGACACAAUUGCUCCUGUUGUAAAGAAGGCAAGUACAACAGAGUAGUGAUACCGUGUUGCUGUUUCUCUUAUCAAUUUCGUUACAUUAUCG